AUGGUGUUGAUCAAGCAUUUAGGUUUUCACGACGUGUUGAUACAUAAUACAUUAGGACGGUACUCGAGAGCUAGGGUUCCUAGUUUACUCUCUUCUCUCUUCUUCCUAAGUAACAAUAAUGCACUAACCAAUUCACUUCCAACGGUAACAACGACCAGCCGAGUUUCAAGAUACAAAGAUCUAUACAGGAAGAGCAUGGCUGCAUCAGAGAAGAGCAUGGCUGCAUCAGAAAAGGAUGUGAUUCUUCAAUUAGUAACUGGCUUAAUUAGAAAGAUCAAUACAAUGCAGGAAGGUGAGAAGCAGGUAGAACGGUGGAAGAAAAUAGAAGAAAGCGGUCCGGUUAAUGAAUUGAUGCUGAACUCAGUUGUAGAGGUAUCAUCUACCUCUACCGUGUAUGGCAAAUUCAAACCUUGGGAGACUCAUUCAGAAGAAUCAUCCAAGGGAUCAGGAUUCGCAAUCGAAAUCGCGGGAAAGAAAAUUCUUACAAACGCACAUGUGGUGAUAGCAAUGAAUGAUCACACAUCCGUGAACGUCAAAAGACAUGGCUCUUCGAUUAAUUACAAAGCAAAAGUUGUAAAAAUUUCACAUGAAUGUGAUUUGGCUAUCUUGGAUAUUGAUAGCGACAAGUUUUGGGAUGGUAUGUAUCUCUUGGAGCUUGGAGAUAUACCACCUCUCCAAGAAGUUGUGUCUGUUGUUGGUGGUGACAAUAUUUGCGUUACAAAAGGUCUUGUACUUAGAGUUGAAACUAAAGAAUAUGAUCACAGUGACAAGGAUUUGCUAUCAAUACAAAUUGAUGCAAGUAUCGACCAUGGAAAUACUGGUGGCCCGGUAAUUAUGGGAAACAAAGUCGUUGGUGUAGCAUAUGCAUUUUCCCCUAAGAAGAACUCAGGUUUUGUGAUCCCAACUCCAACAAUUAAGCAUUUUAUAAGUGGUGUUCAAGAGAGUAGACAAUAUUCUUGUUUUGGCUCGUUGGAUCUAUCAUAUCAAUCUCUUGAAAAUGUUCAACUCCGGAAUCAUUUUAAGAUGAGCCCUGAAAUGACUGGAAUUCUUAUAAACAAAAUAUCCUCGUCGUCGGGGGCUUACAAGAUUUUGAGAAAAUAUGAUAUCAUUCUCGCGAUCGAUGGUGUUCCCAUAGGAAACGAUGAGAAAGUUCCUUUUCAAAACAAGAGAAGGAUAAAUUGCUCCCACUUGGUUUCUUUAAAGAAACCAGGUGAGAAAGCCCUAGUUAAAGUUUUACGAAAUGGAAAAGAGCAUGAGUACAAUAUCAGUCUAAAACCGGUGAAACCAAACGUUAAAGUGCAAGAAUUUUAUAACCUUCCAAGUUAUUACAUAUUUGGGGGUUUUGUUUUUGCGCCUCUCACUAAAUCAUAUCUUGAUGGUUUGAACGAAUGUGAGUGCAAAAGUUCGUGCAAAUAUGCAUUACAUGAAACUCAUAGAAAGCCUGGUGAACAUCAACUAGUCGUAAUCUCCGAGAUAUUAGUAGAUGAUAUCAACAAAGGAUAUGCAAGUUUAAAUGGUUUGCAGGUGAAGAAAGUGAAUAGAGUGAAAGUAAAGAACUUGAAGCAUCUAUGCGAGCUGAUUGAGAAAUGUUGCACCAAUGAUUUGAAGCUGGUCUUACAAGAUGAUAAGGUUAUGGUCCUAAACUAUGAAUCUGCUAAAACGGCAACGUUGCAGAUCAUCGAACGUCACGGAAUAAAGUCGCAUAUAUCUAAGGACAUUUGUCUUCCUAUGUUGCUUGAUGAUCCGUUCAAAGACAAUAGGAUCAACCUUCUUCCUUCGAGUAUUCGUCCUAUAUUUGAUCUAGUACAAAAGGAUUGA